AUGGCAAAGUUUGAGGAUUUCAUUGACCCUUCGCGACUGUCUUGGUCGAAAGCAGUCGUUGCUGUGGUAGAGAAGGAGCUUGGAUCUGAGAUGGGCACUGUUUACCGGAAGGCUGUUCAAUUUUGCUUGUUCGAAAAUAAGGAGAUUGGCCGAGAGGAUCAAGCAAGACAGGACAUGGGCCAGCUAGAGCCAGGAAUCGAGAAGGGAUUCUUCUGGAUAGUGGUCGAUGAACUUGGGCGGAUCCCUGAAUAG